ACUUGUGCUGUUUGUCCUGCACAGGUGUGUGGCAGAGUGAUGCAGUCCAUGAAGAGGACGAUGCCGCCCUGGAACCUGGCUCUGGCGUUGGUGCUCAUGUCGGCCGCCUCUUACUGCCAGGGCUGCCCCGCUCGCUGUGACUGCGCCCCCCAUGUCAAGUCGGUGGCGUGUCACCGUAAGCGUUUGAGCUCCAUCCCCGAGGGAAUCCCUACUGAGACCCGCGUGCUGGAUCUGAGCCGGAACCGCCUGCGCUGCGUGGCGUCGGGGGACCUCACCCCCUACCCCCUCCUGGAAGAGGUGGACCUCAGCGAGAACAUCAUCUCCCUCCUGGAGCCCGGCGCCUUCUCCAGCCUCUAUAGCCUCAGGGUCCUCCGGCUCAGGGGCAACCAGCUCGCACUGAUCCCCACAGGCAGCUUCUCCAGGCUGGCCAACCUCACCCAGCUGGAUCUGAGCGAGAACAAGAUCGUCAUCCUGCUGGACUUCACCUUCCUGGACCUGCGGAGCCUGAAGAACCUGGAGGUCGGGGACAACGACCUGGUCUACAUUUCCCACAAGGCUUUCAGUGGGCUGCUGGGGCUGGAGGAGCUGACCAUAGAGAGGUGCAACCUGACCGCUAUCUCCGGCCAGUCACUGUCCUACCUGAGGGGGCUGGUCACCCUGAGGCUGCGGCACCUGGCCAUCCCUGCCCUGGAGGACCAGAACUUCAAGAAGCUGUCCGGGCUGAAGGAGCUGGAGAUCGACAACUGGCCCCUGCUGGAGUACAUCUCUCCUUCCAGCUUCCAGGGCCUCAACCUCUCCUGGCUGUCCAUCACCAACACCAACAUCACCUCGGUACCUUCCCCCGCCUUCCGCAACCUGGCGCACCUCACCAACCUCAACCUUUCCUACAACCCCAUCAGCGUGCUGGAGCCCUGGGCCUUCAAGGACUUGGUCCGUCUGAAGGAGCUGCACCUGGUCAGCACCUUGCUGGUCACAGUGGAACCUCAGGCCCUGGGAGGGCUGAGGCAGAUCCGCGUCCUCAACGUGUCCAACAACUUCCUCGUCACGCUGGAGGAGGGCUCCUUCCACUCCGUCAACAGCCUGGAGACCCUCCGCAUUGACGGAAACCCCCUGUCCUGUGACUGCCGUCUGUUGUGGAUCCUGCAGAGGCGCAAGACCCUCAAUUUCGACGGCAGGCAGCCCACAUGCGCGGGGCCCGCGGAGGUGCAGGGGAAUGUCCUCAGCACCUUCUCGGACUCGGCACUCUUCGACUACUUCACCUGCCAGAGGCCCAGGAUCCGGGAACGCAAGCUGCAGCACGUGGCGGCCAGGGAGGGCCAGCAGGUGUCCUUCCUGUGCCGCGCGGAGGGGGAGCCCCCGCCUACCGUCGCCUGGGUGUCGCCCCAGCGGAGGAAGAUCACCACCAAGAACCUGGGCCGCGUUACCGUGCUGCCAGGAGGGACGCUGGAGAUCCGCUACGCCCAGGUCCAGGAUAGCGGCACCUACAUCUGCAUCGCCAGCAAUGCCGGCGGCAACGACACCUACUUCGCCACAUUGACAGUGAAGAGCCAGCCCCUGGACGCGUCCCUCUACGCCAACCGAUCCUUCUACCUGGGCGACUUCAACGAGACCAGCCUGAACGACACCAGAGUCUUCCUCAAGUUCACCCUGGACCUCAAGACCAUCCUGGUCUCCACGGCGAUGGGCUGCAUCACCUUCAUGGGCGUGGUCCUCUUCUGCUUCCUGCUGCUGUUCGUCUGGAGCCGCAGCAGGGGCCAGCAUAAGAACAAUUUCUCCGUGGAGUACUCCUUCCGCAAGGUGGACGGGCCGGUCACCAGCGGGGGGCAGGGAGGAGCCAGGAAGUUCAACAUGAAAAUGAUCUGAAGUUACGCAGCCAGGAGUUCCGCUGGGGAAGAAUGAGUAUAGCCCUAUGUUGCACAAGUCCAAAAUUUAAAAAAUAAAUUAAAAUAAGUUUAAAAAAAAAAAUCUGAAUUAAGUUUUUAACCCCUAGAUUUUAAUUUCAUUUCUAAAUUAUUUAUUUUUCUUUUUGUUUUAUUUUAUUUUUUUAAAUACAAUUGAAAGCGACUGCAACAAGCAGUCUCAUGUUUCAGACAGUCACAAAUGUGCAGUUGGGUUAAACUGAAGAUUCUUUUUUUUAUUGAUCAUUCUAGUUGGACCGUCCGGCAGGCUGGACUUGACUUAGUAAUAUAUUACCUUAUGAAUAAUAUAAAAUACAGUAAUAUAUAUAUAUAUAUAUAAUUAUUAUUAUUUUAAAAAUUAAUAACUUUUACUUAAACCUACUUAAAUCUGGGCUGUCUAAUUUAAAUGUGCGCAGGAUGCAAUGCAACAUGGGACUGACGCACUGACCGCUACUUCACUCUUUACGUCUGCAAAAACUCACGACACCCCCUACAAGAUGCUGUUUGCUGCACACAACACAAGACUGUUGCUCUCAGGAACUGUUUUACCAAGUGCUGACGUGCCAUGAAAGAAACCCGGUGGAUAGCCUCUGUGAGCAGUGCACACGAGUGCGUGGCGGUCAGUGCGUUAACAACUCUGUCACCAGUCUUUAACUACAGCACCCGAUCAGCUGUGUCUGUCCGCUGGGUCUGUAGUACACAUUGGGAACUUCUGGCUGGAUUCGUUCAUCUGACAAUCACAUGUCACACAAAGAACCACCCCUUCAAUCCUCUCUUGUUCCUCCCAAUCCAUUGUUUUGUUUGUUUCAACCAGCAUCUGUUUUUUUUUCCCCCCUUCUCUUCUUUUGUAUUUGUAUUUAGUUUGAUGACACCAAACAGAGCAGUCACUUGAGCUACAGCCUUUAAAAAGUUUCAGUUUACAUUAGAAAAAAAAAAAAAAAAAAAAAGCAAUUACUUUUUUUUUUCCACAGGAAAAAUACGAGAAGUUAAAAACAAUUUUUUAACUAGGUUGAAACAAAAAAAAAAAACAUUGAACAGGGAGACUGUAGUUUGGAAACUGCUGAUUUCUUAUAUAGCUAGCACAAAGAGCUACUGUACAGAACUGAUCUAUCCUUGCAACAUUCCAAAAAUGCAAUCUGCAAUUGCCCAAGACUCCAAGACUCUAUCUUGUUUUUUGUUUUGUUUGGUUAUGGGGAGUGGGGGGGGGUGUAUUGACUCCUUUCAGAGAGCGACAGUCGUUGCUUUAGAUCUGAAACCUGCAAAAAAUCUCCGAUCCCUACUCGUGUCAUCACCACACAAUUUCGGGCCAAAGGAUUUGAUUGCUGGAUUUUUAGAAACUAUUAACUGGACUGGCCACAACACAAAUAGGCUGUUUUCCGGGAUGGUGUGAAACUGUUUAAGAGGCCCUGCAAAAACCUUCCCUAGGAGCCCAUAAGCUGCAGGUGGCUCAUAGUUUCUCUCUUCUGAUAAUAAUGUAUCGGAUACAAUUUUUCAAGUACAGAGCAAUAAACCUUUUUGUUACAGGUACCCACGGUGGGGGGUGGGGGGGUGGGGGGGGGGAACACAUCGUCUUCACACUGUGAACGCUUUUUAUUUUCUAUGUGUUUUUUGGGGUUUUUUUUCUAACCCAGAUCUCAAGAGUGACGACGCUGAAAUACAAUCGGCAAUAAGUUGUUUGAGGACUUCUCUCAUUUCCCUACCGGCAACUCGUGAUUACAACAGUGGAGCUGACACUUAGAACGGG